AUGCCACCCGUUCCUUUGACCAGCGUCAGGCUGCCUCAACCAAGCCAAGCGCAAAGCCAGGCAGAGGAGAAGCAUGCGAGUGGAAUCGCUCAAGGGGCCGUAAAGCAAGGGCCAGCAAGGGGUGGUGGUGAGGAGGAGAGAGAUGCUGCCGUGGAGCCUCAAGAAAAGGUGAGCAGAGUCCCUGCGACGCCCGCGCGGGUGAGGCGGUGCAGACAGAUGCCUCGGGGCGGUUCCGUCGCUGACCUAAGCCCUGUCCACACCACACCUCGGCUGGAAUGAAGAGCGUCAAACAAAAAUCAUUGUGUCAGCAGAUGGGCGCUCUCUUUCUUCAGCAUCGUGUGCGUCAGCUAGAAGGGCAGGUGGAUGAUUUGCAGUACAGUCGAAGCGCUUCAUCUUCGGCCCCCGCCACAACUCCCUCGCUCGGCAAAGAGGCAGACACGCGGGGAGGUGAAGGGCGUAGCAGCUCUGCGUCCAUCAAAGAGCCUGUACGCAGCAGUCGCGGCGAUCGAUUCUCAACGCAACCUCAAAAUGCGCACUUUGAUCAUUCACGUCGCGCCAGUGUCAAGACGUACAUUUUGGACGCAAGCGUGCUCAUCUACUCGCUAAGGAGCGUACAUGAUUGGCUCAAGGCGCCCGACGUGCGCUGCAUUGUGCCGACAGAAGGUGCGUGGUUGGAUCAAGCGAUGCCGCUCUUCCCGCUCGACUUACGAUUCCAUGCGCUGCCUCACAGUCGUUUCCACUUUGGACAUCCUGAAGAAAGGCCAACACCCCUUGAAUGCAGCCGCUCGCAAGGCCACCCGAUUUCUCGAAGACAGGUUUGCGUCACCAGCGCCUGAUGGGUCAAUGCCUAGCGCGGGCCUAGUACCGCAAGCCACAGCACCGUCUUCCAUCACUUUGGACGAAGCCGAACUGCUGCGCGAAGCAUGUGCGGAGGCCGAUCAGCAUCCGUCACCUCUUCAGCGCACGGGAAACCACGUCAAAUCCGAUAUGCUGGUACCAAAUGUCACUUCGAGCGGCGCAACUCGCAGAUCUUUCGACUCUAGCAAGAGCAAGGGUAGCUCAGCCGGCACUCCUACUGUCCGCUCUCCCACGUUUGACUCUUCAGGAGGUCCAGCUACAAGACGUCGCAGUCGAGGCCAAAAUCGAUCGCCUCGCUUUGAUCCCAUGCAGCUCACGGCUGGGUCUACCUUGUCUCUGUUCGACGCACCAGUGUGGAUACGCGCGACGCUCUUAUGCGCGUUGAGCUUCUUGCCUGGAGACGCUCAGUUGACUGUGGCGCUACCUCCACCUUCGCUCGCUACAGUCACAACUUCACCUCAGCACAGCGCCGCAGCCAACAGUGAGCUGCCAAAGCAUGUCGAAAGAGCAGAUGGAGGUAUCACGCAAGCGUACGCCCAAGCACACGGACUGGAUGCGCACAUCUGCUCCACCUCUGCCAGCUGGCUCCAGCUGGAGCCCGCAGGCAUGCAAAGUCCGGUGGACGUCGAAGUUGCGGUCAAGGGGGAGAGUCAGGUCUCAGCGCCGGACUCGGACCAGACACUUCACCCUGCCGACGACUUUCCUGCACCUGCUUUGGGACUCGACUUGGGCAAGGCUCCCAUUCUCAGCAAGGGAGGGUAUGCUCAAGCUGCGCAAAAUCCCCACACGGGAGUGCGUAGACGAUGA